AUGGUCCAAGGAACCCCAGAUCUAUCUGCUUCAGUUUACCCAUUUGUCACAGGGGCCAUAAGCCUGAGGUGCUCUGGGCUGCUGAUCCCAUACACCACACUGCGUGACUUUGGGAGGGUCUCUAGCCUUUUCUGUGUCUCUAUUUUGUUCCCACCCGGUCACACCCCAGGGAGCCCUGGGCCACUGUGGGAAGGUCCGGCGUAUGACCCCCUACUCUGCCCAUCCACAGGCACCAUCUGCGUUCUGCUCUCCUUCCCUUUCAUCUUCAGCCCCUGCCUGGGCUGUGAGGCAUCCACACCUGAGUGGGCCGCCCUCCUCUACUACGGACCCUUCAUUGUCAUCUUCCAGUUUGGCUGGGCCGCCACACAGAUUGCCCACCUCAGCCUCAUCCCCGAGCUCGUCACCAAUGACCACGAGAAGGUGGAGCUCACAGCUCUCAGGUACGCCUUCACUGUGGUGGCCAAUAUCACUGUCUAUGGUGCUGCCUGGCUCCUGCUCCACCUACAGGCCUCUGCAAAUACGGGGCCCACCCCGGAUGUCAGUGACCAGCUGGGGGUCCAAGAUGUGCCAGUAUUUCGGAACCUCUCCCUUUUGGUGGUGGGCAUUGGUGCCAUCUUCUCACUGCUGUUCCACCUGGGCACCAGGGAGGGGCGCAAGCAGCUGGUGGAGGAGCCGGAUGAGCACAGCCCCCUGUUGGCCCCCACCACGGCCCGGCCCUUGCUGCUCUGGAAACACUGGCUGCGGCAGCCGGCCUUUUACCAGGUGGGCUUCCUGUACAUGAGCACAAGGCUCAUCGUGAACCUGUCCCAGACGUACAUGGCCAUGUACCUCACCUACUCCCUCAACCUGCCCAAGAAGUUCAUCGCCACCAUCCCACUGGUGAUGUAUCUCAGCGGUUUCUUCUCCUCCUUCCUCAUGAACCCGAUCAACAAGUGGAUCGGGAGGAAUAUGACUUACUUCGUGGGCCUUCUGGUGAUCCUGGCCUUUGCGGCCUGGGUGGCAUUGGCAGAUGGGCUGGGUGUAGCUGUCUAUGCAGCAGCUGUGCUGCUGGGCAUGGGCUGUGCCACCAUCCUUGUCACGUCCCUGGCCAUGACAGCUGACCUCAUCGGCCCCCACACGCACAGUGGAGCCUUCGUGUACGGCGCCAUGAGCUUCUCGGAUAAGGUGGCCAACGGGCUGGCAGUCAUGGUCAUCCAGAGCCUGUACCCCUGCUCCUCGGAGCUCUGCUGCAGAGCCUGCGUAGGCUUCUACCACUGGGUGAUGGUGGCUGUGACAGGCGGCGUAGGUGUGGCCGCCGCCCUCUCUCUGUGCAGUCUCCUCAUCUGGCCCAUCCGCCUGCGGAGUUGAGUCCCUGGAACUCAAGCCUGACAUUCCCAUAUGGCCUCCUGCCCUAUGCAAAUGAGCUGCAACUGCACAUUUCACGCCCUGCUCCUCAGGUGCCCACCUUCCCCUUGCCUGGCUGCAGGGAUGGUGGGUGAGGACAAGAGGGGCUGGACCCCACUGGCUCAUCUCCACUGGGGCGAGACACAUAGCUAGGCCCUCUGGUAUCGGAAGCUCAUGGGUCCUCAUAGACUUGGGGUGCCUUUGCUAUGUUGGGACUGCCCUGAACUCAGCUCCCCCUCACCCCUGGUCUAGCUAGGGUCUCCAGGGCGCUGCUGGCAGUGAAUAAAGAGCUGCUCACGGUAA